AUGGCCGACUUUCGGCAGCUGGCCCUCGACUUUGUCCUCGAAGAUGAUGAGGCUAAACUAACAGCGCUGGCCCAGAGGGCGGCCAAAGAACUCGAGAGCUCAGCCGGUUCUAACCCCGUUGCUCGGUGGGUAGAGGCUGUGCAGCCAUGGAUGCCGGGGAACAAGGAGACUGAAGACUCACAAGAAACUCCAGAUUGGACGUCAAGAGCCAAGGCUUUGGAGUUCCUGUCUCAUACACUAGACUUUGUGAAGCCGGAUCUCUUCAAAGCAAGUCAAGUGAAAUUACUCAUUGCUUUUUUCGGCGCUAUGCUCGACAUUGAUCACAAAGCAGGCGUUUUAGCUUCCGCUUCAGCCUUGUCUCGCAUCAUAGCUAUGAAAUGGUUUCAGCCAAACAGCGGUUAUGAAAUCAUCGAAAAAGUAUGCGCUAUGAAAGAAGACUUCCAGAGACAAACUCCCAAGACUCGUCUUGCGGUUUAUGAGUUGCUGAGGUCACUCUUGACCGCUCCUGAAGUUGCAAGCAAUCUGAAGCAAAGAGACGGUGCCUCUUGCUCGUAUCUGGUUAAUUUGCUAGAGCUAUGCCGGAAUGAGAGAGAUCCGGACUGCUUAAUCGUAUGGUUUGACAUCUUGAGAAGCUUCCUCCAGCAGUACGACCCUUCAGAUGAAGUUGUUGAGAAAGUCUUUGCCGCUUUCAAGGCGUACUACCCCAUCACCCUACCGCGAUUGUCUCAAGGUGGCAUCACUCCGGAGGAUCUCAAGUCUCAACUUCGAAAGUGCUUUUCAUCAACAUACCGUCUUGCCUCUCACUCUAUACCUUUCUUGGUAGGCAAGCUUGACCAAGGCGAUGGCGUUACAGUAAAUGUCAAGGUUGAUGUUUUGAAAACUAUUAGAGAGUGUCUUGAGGAAUAUGAUAACCCAGAACAAUCCAUCAUUCCAUACGUUGGCCGGAUCUGGGGUAGCCUCAAAUAUGAAGUCCGAAAUGGAGAAAUCGAAGAUGCCAUUUGGGCCACCCUUGAAGUGCUGAAAACCCUUGCGACGAAGCUAAAGGAUGACCAUCUCCGCAACUACACCCUAGAUGUGACGCGUGACUGCGUUACCGACUUAUCGAACCCGAUGUACACGACUCAGGCUGGCCGUCUUAUCGUCAGUGUUCUCAGUGCAAAUUCCAAUGCGUUUGUGCUCAUGGUGGCGCCAACUGUUACGCACCUCAAGGAGAACUUGCGGCGCCCAAAGUCGGCGACUCAUACGCAGGAUCUGUUAAAGAUACUCAAUGUCAUUUUAGAGACGCGAUUGCUGCUGUCGCAGACUCAGAUGACAGAUGAGCAGAAAAGUGAUUUUGCUGCUGUUGAUGGCGUCUUCAAGAAUCUUUAUAGCGACGUGUAUAGCUCUCCCAUUACAGCUUCAAGCGAACAGAGUGCCAGCGAAGACGAUAUCAAAAUUGCAGUUGAGGCUGUUCAGGGAGUCGGUGCACUAGUCUCCCAAAAAGCUAUACAGCUUGGAUCGGAUAGCGACGCUGCACUGCUUCUUCCUAAAGCGUUGUGCUCAGAAAUUGGCCUCUAUGUUUUUUACAUCGCCCUGCAUGGGUUUGACAGCAGUUAUCCAUGCUCAAGCUCAGACGAUCUUCUAAACGAGACAGCAAAGGCUCUGUUUAGGAUCAACCAAGCUCACCCAGCAGGUUUCAGACCUCUGAUCGACUGGUUCGUGACGGUCAUCCACGGCAGCCGUCAAGAUGAAAGUGACGAAGCCAGCGAAAAGAUUCAGAAAGUAGCCGCUUUGCUGGCCUAUGUCGGAUGUUCCGAGCUAUCCAAAUCACCCAUCGAUAUGAGACGCCAUUUCUUGCAUCUAAUUCAUGUCAUGACCGCGGAAUUAGAAAUAGCGAUUAAAACAAAUGCCAGCAAAAAGGUUUGGUGUGCGCUACUUGUCGGCAUUCAGACGGCUUCUCGCUACUUUAACGAUGCUUGCUUGAAGCAUAACCCGGAGAAAGACCAGGCAUUCGAUGGUACCAUGUGGCUGUAUCGAGUUACCUACAAAUUCCCUGAACUGCAAGCAUUUGUAGACGAAAAGGAAGAGCAAGACGGUAUCACACCAAGUUACGAGACCGCAGCACCAUCAAAGGAACUAACUGCUACUGCACUUCGCAAUGACUUUUUGCUCAUUGGUCUUGCUAUUGUUCGAGGCCUCUAUCGCCGAGCAACGACUACAGUUGGUCCUAUUGCUGGGUCUACGAAGCCCGCACUUCAGCUCUGCGAUAGCUUGUCGGGCUUGGAAGACUCGUCCGAGUAUCGCUAUCUUCAGCUUGUUUCUGACUUUGCCAGUUUCAUUCUUCGCGAGAUGGGCGAAACCCAGCAAGUCUCGCUCAAACUUGACCAUUACCUUUUGAACUUGUUCCAAGAUGAGCUAAUACCGGUUCCUAUUACCCUGCCAGAGGAGGGGAGAAGACUCAGUCUGGACAAAUACACGGAUGAAGGGGGGUCCGCAUGGGGCUGGUUGACGGAAAAGACGGUCAAUACUCUUUAUUACGGGCUCUUGGAGGCUAUGAGGCCGUCCGUUAUUGCAAAGCUCUUUGAUUAUGGAAUUGCCCAAGAGCUUCUAAUUAGCAGCACACUGAGUGCCUCAAUCACCCAAAACCCAGUCACAAGGCCGGUAACGAGGUCAAUCUUGACAAUUCUGGCCAACAAAUACAAAGUGGAAGAUCUCAGCUACGUAAUGGCCAGGCUGGAGGGCCGAUUAGAAUCUGCUCUGCACAAUGCCCAGAAUUCUUCAGACAGCGAUGAUGCCUCUCGUUACUUGGAGCAGGUUUCGUCCAUCUACGCAAUUGUCAGCGGUAUAGUACGUCGGCCAGGCGGUAAACAAGCGCGAGGUUUAAUUCAACAACUGCGCGAAGCCCCCCGAAAUGCAGCUACCGGCCAUCUUCUAGCUCGCAGAAUGGAAAUGGUUGUUGCGCCGCAACAGUUUUUGUCAAAGGACAGCUUUGCUGUGGUGAAGCCGCUUUGGACGCAAAAGCUGUAUUUUGACUUGGUCAAGCCUAUGCUAGAGAUUGCGACAAGCCAAGAUUCCGAGGCUGAGAGCCAGCUCGUCAAGACGAAUUACAGGAUUGGCGUUUUGUCAAUGGUCAAGCACAUGCCAUUUUCCAUUUGGGAAGAUGACAGCGUCGAGAUUCUACGCGCAUCGGUGGUAUUGUGUCAAACCUUGGGCGCGGGACCUGACACUCUGCCUGCUCUACAGAUCCUCAAGACCAUAUUGGCAGAGUCAUCUGAGAAAGCUCAAGACUAUAUCAAGAGCUUGAUUAACAUCUCGCUGCCUUGCUUUUCUCUCAAGCUCGCAGCAGAGCGGAAGUUGCCAGACUGGCUGCCAUCCGGCUACGUCCCGGCAAAGAUCCGCCCCGAUAUCGAGGCUGAAUGCGGCAGAUUGGCCCUGGAAAUAGUCGGUGCGCUACCAAGAUUGUUUGAAUCGAGCUACGUGGUGCCAUUUGUGCCACAAGUACGGAGGGAGCUGUCUCUAGCAUGCGGCCAUCCAGUCCGGGACGUGCGUAGACUGGCAAGAGUGGCUCGUAAGGCGUGGACAGAAAUCAACUGA